CCGGUUCCCGGGACUUUCCGAGAGCUCCGCCCCGGCCCUCCCUACUCCCCGCCCUAGCCGCCGGUCCUCCUGCGCGCUCGGACACAUACUCGGACAGCAUACAGAGCCUCUGGCCCAGAGGGGACUGCGGAGAGUCCCAGGCCCGGACGCGACCCCCACGCACCAAUGGCCAGCUCAGGAUCUCCCGCUCCCUGCGGGUUCCUCUGCCUCUCCCGAGCUUCGCUCGCGUGGCUGGGGACAGCGCUGCUGCUGCUCGCCGACUGGAUGCUGCUCCGGUGGGCCCUGCCCGGAAUAUCGUCCUUGCUGGUUCCCGCUGCGCUGCCGCUGCUCCAGGUCUGGGUAGUAGGCCUGAGCCGCUGGGCUGCACUGUGGCUGGGAGCCCGUGGGAUCCUCCGGGCAACAGUUGGAACCAAGAGAGAACCGGCAGGAGUCCAGGGAUGGCUGGCUGCUUUGGAGCCACUGGCGGCGGCGCUGUCCUUGGCUCUGCCAGUACUUGCCUUGUUCCGAGAACUGGGCUCGUGGGCAGCUCCCAGGGACACUGACAGCUCCAGGCAACUGCACUGGGGAAGUCGCCUCGACGCCUUCGCCCUCAGCUACGCAGCGGCACUGCCCGCAGCCGCCCUGUGGCAUAAGCUCCGGAGCCUUUGGGUGCCAGCAGGUCAGGGGGGUUCUGGAGACAACGUGCGCCGGCUUCUGGGAUGCCUGGGCUCCGAAAUACGACGCCUCCCGCUCAUGCUGGUCUUGUUGGUCCUCUCCUGUCUUGGUGAGAUGGCCAUUCCAUUCUUCACUGGCCGCCUCACUGACUGGAUUCUGCAAGAAGGGGCAGCAGCUGCCUUUACUCGAAACAUAACUCUCAUGUCCAUUCUCACCAUAGCCAGUGCAGUGCUGGAGUUCAUGGGUGAUGGGAUCUAUAACAGCACCAUGGGCCGUGUGCACAGCCACUUGCAGGGAGAGGUGUUCCGGGCUGUCCUGCGCCAGGAAACGGAGUUUUUCCAACAGAACCAAACAGGUGCCAUCACAUCUCGGGUAACAGAGGACACAUCCACCUUGAGUGAGUCUCUGAGUGAGAAGUUGAGCCUAUUGCUGUGGUACCUGGUGCGAGGACUUUGUCUCUUGGGGCUUAUGCUCUGGGGGUCACUAUCCCUCACCAUGGUCACCCUGGUCUUCCUGCCUCUGCUUUUCCUUCUGCCUAAGAAGCUUGGAAAAUGGCACCAGGUACUGGCAGCACAGGUGCAAGAAUCUCUGGCAAAGUCCAACCAAGUGGCCAUUGAGGUUCUGUCAGCUAUGCCUACAGUCCGGAGCUUUGCCAAUGAGGAUGGAGAGAUCCAGAAGUUCAGGCAAAAGCUGCAGGAAAUGGAGACACUCAACCAGAAGGAGGCCCUGGCCUAUGCAGUCAACCUCUGGACCACCAGUAUCUCAGGGAUGCUGCUGAAGGUGGGAAUCCUAUACAUCGGUGGGCAGCUGGUGACAAGUGGGACUGUAAGCAGUGGGAACCUUGUCACAUUUGUUCUUUACCAGAUCCAGUUCACCACAGCUGUUGAGGUCCUACUGUCCACCUAUCCCAAUGUACAGAAGGCUGUGGGCUCCUCAGAGAAAAUAUUUGAGUACUUGGACCGGACCCCUUGCUGCCCAGCCAGUGGUGUACUGACACCUUCAAAUUUGGAGGGCCUUGUUCAGUUCCAAGAUGUCUCUUUUGCCUACCCAAACCGUCCAGAUGUUCCAGUGCUGCAGGAGUUGACAUUCACCCUAUGUCCUGGUGAGGUGAUGGCACUGGUUGGACCCAAUGGGUCUGGGAAGAGCACAGUGGCUGCCCUACUGCAGAAUCUGUACCAGCCUACCAGGGGGAAGCUGCUAUUGGAUGGGAAGCCCCUUCCCGAAUAUGAACACCGCUACCUGCACAGACAGAUGGCUGCAGUGGGACAAGAACCACAGCUAUUUGGAAGAAGUUUCCAAGAAAAUAUUGCCUAUGGCCUGAUCCAGAAGCCAAUUAUGGAGGAAAUCACAGCUGCUGCAAUAGAGUCCGGAGCCCAUAGUUUCAUCUCUGAACUCCCUCAAGGCUACAACACAGAGGUGGGCGAGGCUGGGGGCCAGCUAUCAGGGGGUCAGCGACAGGCAGUGGCCUUGGCUCGAGCAUUGAUCCGGAAACCACGUGUACUCAUCCUGGAUGAUGCUACCAGUGCCCUGGAUGCAAACAGCCAGUUACGGGUGGAGCGGCUCCUGUAUGAAAGCCCCGAGAGGUGCUCUCGGUCUGUGCUUCUCAUCACCCAGUGUCUCAGCUUGGUGAAGAAGGCUGACCGCAUCCUCUUUCUGGAAGGAGGCACCAUCUGUGAGGCCGGAACCCACGAACAGCUCAUGGAGAAUAGGGGACGCUAUUGGACCAUGGUGCAGGCUCUUGGUGUGUUGGGUACUCCAAAAUGAAAGACUUCUCAGACCUGCACACUCCAUCUCCCUUCCUUUUUUUUCUCCUUCCUAUAGUGAGGAAUUUGGGAACAAAAAUCUUAACAGAGUUGCGGAGUAGUACACUGCUUCUGGGAGAGACAUCCUGAAAUGUAACCCCCAGGUGAUACCUAAAAUUCUGACAUAAGUGUUACCCCUCUCAAAACAAAUCUUGCAAAUGCAAAUUUCCUGAAAGAAAACAGGGUUUAUAACUGGGUUUAGAGCCAGGGUUGGUGUGUAGUCUGAAAAUGGGGAGAAAUAUUUAUCACAUACGGAAGGGAAUGUGAUACUUUCCAAUAUGAUCAAAGGCAUGUGCCGGCCCCCCGAAUACCUGUGGAUUCUUGCUAUUUAUAAUAAAAUUGGUGUUUUGUACUGUG